CACAUCAAAAAAUCAAAACAUAGUAAACAAAGGGAAUUUCGUCACAUUCAAUUCAAACGGUUGUUUAUUGAAUCUUGUGUUAAAUGAGUGUUGAGUAAUUAAAAAAAAUCACCAAAUUCAACAUCAAAAUGUCGUGUACGGCUGAAGAAAUUGCAGAAAAAAGGCGACAAGCACAGGAACGUUUAAAACAAAAAAAAGCGUCCCUCCAAACUAAUGAAGUACGGUCAAGUUCCAGCAAUACAACCAGCCCAGGAACAUCUUCAAAAGCAGCACACACUUUUUAUGGGCAUACAAAUAAUGAAAAGGCCAACACGUUGAGCAAUUAUGAAAAGAAAAUGAAACAACAGUCAAGUCCAAGUUACAACAAUCGAAUUUCAUCACAACCGUAUCCGAAACGUGACGGAAUGUCAAACAAUAAUUAUCGAAAGGUAGAAUCAUCGAAGAAUAACAGCGUGGCACCAGUUUUUAUGCAUGUCGUAACCUGUGCUUGUUCCAUGAUCACCUCAAAUCGAUUUCAAGUCGUUCAAAAGGGCUACAGUGAUAAAUUGAUUGAUGUUUUCAAGGGCACUCCGACACGGUCGUAUGAUCGGGAAAAGAAAAUUUGGUCAUUUGAUUUGAGCGCAUAUGAUGAAGUUCAAAGAAAAGUCACCGCGCUUAGUCCCCAUGUGGUUAUUGGACAGCUACCAUCAUUUGUAUUGAAGCUAUUGAAACAAGAAAAAAAAGAGCCGGAUUUUUUGUGCCUUCAAGGAAUCGAAAAAAGAUUAAGUUCACAACUGAUGGAUUUUCAAAAAUAUGGUGUUGCAUUCGGUAUCAGUAACGGUGGAAGAUGUAUGAUUGCUGACGAUAUGGGCCUCGGCAAAACAUACCAAGCAAUUGCAAUUGCUGACUUUUACAGAGACGAUUGGCCACUACUGAUUGUUACCACAGCAACGGCACGAGAAAACUGGGAACGUCAUAUAACGAAUUUAUUACCGUCAGUCCCAAGUGAUUCGAUCAAGGUAUUGGCAUCAACAAACGAAUAUGUUGGUGAUUGCAAGGUUCUCAUAACGAGCUACAACCUCAUGGAUAAAAAUGUUGAACUUUUAAUGAAAAGAUCAUUUGGUUGCGUCAUUUUGGAUGAAUCACAUACGGUUAAGAAUUUCAAAACCAAAUGGGCACAAAGUUCUAAACGCUUGUGUGAAAAAACAAAGCGAAUCAUUCUGCUAACGGGUACACCGGCUCUAAGUCGACCGGCUGAACUAUAUGUUCAGUUGGAAUUGAUUGACAAGAACUUUUUCGGUAGUUUUAAGCAAUACGCUUUGCGCUAUUGUGAUGCCAAAGAAACACAUUUCGGUCUGGAUAGCAGCGGAAGCAGCAAUCUAACUGAAUUAAAUGUCAUUUUGCAACGCAAAUUUAUGAUUCGGCGAACCAAAGAUAGCGUUGAGUUCGAGUUUGGUUCAAAGUCACGCGAAACAGUUCUCUUGGAUUCGGGUAAAGUUUGGAAUUCGCACGAUGAAAGUAUGCGCGAAACGAUCGAAAAUUGUAAAGAAUUUUCGGCCGAUGUGAACAAAUUGAAAGGAGACCAACGAAAAGAAGUAUUGCUUAGAUUGUACGCUGAAUCAGCAAAACUCAAGUCGAACGCUGUUUGUGCCUACGUUAAGGAUUUGGUUAAACAAAAGCUCAAAUUCAUCAUUUUUGCACAUCACAAGGUGAUGAUGGAUUCUAUAGCCCAAUGCUUGAACAACUUGAAUGUGAAUUUCAUUCGAAUCGACGGCUCCACCAGAAAUGAUCUGCGUACUACCUACAUUGAUCAAUUUCAAAAGAAACAAUCAUGUCAAGUGGCCGUUCUUUCACUGAAAGCAUGUAAUGCUGCCAUAACACUAACUGCUGCUUCAUUGGUCGUAUUUGCUGAGUUGGAUUGGAAUCCAAGUACAUUGGCUCAGUGUGAAUCUCGAGCACAUCGUAUCGGACAGAAGGAGCCAGUCGUAUGCCGAUAUUUAUUGGCAAAAGGAACAGUUGAUGAUUACAUGUGGAACAUGGUCACUGGCAAACAAGACGUACUGAACAAAGCCGGAAUAUUUUCGGAAGACUUGACUGACGCAACACACUCAAGGGUUUCAGUUAUGCAAUCGUCACCAAUUCGCACAAUUACAAGCUAUUUUAAUCAUCAAGGUGAUACAAAUCAAACCAAAACCAAUAAUAACAACAGUGAAAAUGAAUCGCCAAACAAAACUGAAAGCAUGGACUAUCAUCAUAUGCUUGAUGAUGACGAUGUCGAUGAUGCCAUGCUUAGUUUGGAUUUUUAAAAUUAAUAAGUUCGCAUGAUUUGAAUAUGUUAAUUAUUUAUAACCAUUAUAUUAUGAAGAAUGCAGAAGAAAAUUAAUUUGUUGUUGAAACACGAUUGAAAAAUAAAAUAUAUUUUCCUAGAA